AUGAUUAAACUCCCCGGUGCACUCUUCCUCACCCAGCUGUGUCUGGCAGUUUCCGCACAAUAUCUCGACUGGAGAAUUUACAAAGCAAACGGAGUCAACCUUGGAGGUUGGCUUUGCCAGGAGUCUACGAUUGAUACGGCCUGGUGGGCAAGGUACUCCAAAGGCGCCGAGGAUGAAUGGGGCCUCUGCGCAAACCAGGGUGCACAAUGUGGCCCUAUCCUGGAGAGACGAUACGCAAGCUAUAUUACACCUGCAGCCAUUGAUAAGCUCGCUGGUGCUGGCGUGAACACCUUGCGUAUCCCCACCACCUAUGCGGCGUGGGUCAAAGUGCCCGGCUCGCAGCUAUACGCCGGUAACCAGGUUUCUUUUCUGAGGAACAUUGCGACAUACGCUAUUACCAGACAUGGCAUGCAUGUGAUCAUCGACGUGCACUCACUACCGGGUGGAGUGAAUGGAAUGCCUUUUGGCGAGGCAUCCGGACACUAUGGAUGGUUCAACAAUCAAACCGCUCUCGAUUAUUCGCUUGCAGCAAUCGAUGUCGUUCUCGCUUACGUGCAGAGCUCGGGUCACCCAGAAUCCUACACCAUUGCACCCAUCAAUGAGCCGGUUGAUAAUCGAGACAUGAGGUUCUUUGGCACGCCUGCAGCCUUGUCUGAAAACGGCUCUGCUUGGGUCCUGCGAUACAUAAAAGCAGUCUUGAACAAAGUGGCUGCGGUGAAUCCCAAGAUCCCAGUCAUGUUCCAGGGAAGCUUUCGACCUGAGACAUACUGGUCGCCCAACUUCCCAAGCAGCACAAAUUUGGUGUUUGACCAGCAUAAUUACUACUUUGCUGGUCGCGGUGCAACGGGCCAGAACAUUACUUCUUAUAUCUGUGCCGAUGCCGCUGGUGGAGCUGGGGAUGGCAAAUUCCCUGUUUUCGUUGGGGAAUGGUCGAUCCAGGCCGAAUACAACAAUACUUUCACCGGACGGGAGAGGGCCUUGAAUACAGGACUAUACGCCUUUGCGAAGCAUGCCCAAGGCAGUACUUACUGGACUGCUAAAUUCUCGGGAAACGCUACUGUCAACGGUCAGGGAACGCAGGCGGAUUACUGGGACUACAUGACCUGGAUUAAUCAAGAUAUGAUCCAUCCGGCCGACGCAGCCGAUAUGUGCGCUUAA